UGACUAUAGACACUACUCUUAUCAGCGUGCCGGUGUUAUAUCUUUGUUCCACAUGUUGCAAGUUUUCAAAUAAUUGAAGACAAAUAUUUAAAUGAUAAAAAUGUUUUCCUAUUUUCUGAUGAUGGUUUUAUAUGUGAUGGGCUAUGUGUAUAGUGAUCAACCUGCAGAAUUGGCUUACCAAAGUCUGAAGGAUGAAGUUCAUUUUUUACGUGAAAGACUUGGAGCUGUUGAAGCAGAACUCAUGAAGAGGCAGAAAGAGACUGACUGUAAUAGCCCUGGGAAAAGAUUUGUAGAAGAACAGGAUAUUGAAACGGAGGUUAUUCGGCUUCGAGGAGAAGUUAAUAAAAUGAGGCAAGAAAUGGGAAGUACUUAUGUAAGAUGGGGAAGAACAACAUGUCCGGGAAAUACGACUCUAGUUUACAAAGGUUACAUGGGUGGAAAUGUCUACACGGAUAACGGGGGCCCUGCAAAUUAUCUUUGUUUACCAGAAGACCCUACCUGGGGGAAAUAUGAAGACGGAAUACAGAAUGAAGGAAACAAAAUAUACGGCUCUGAGUAUGAACAUCAUGGAAACUUCAAUCCGUUUGAUAAAAACAUGAUGGACGAAGAUGUCCCAUGUGCUGUUUGUAGCACGAAGCGGUCGAUGAAUAUCAUGCUUCCAGCGAGGACACAAUGUCAUACCGGAUGGCAUCUUGAGUACACGGGUUACUUGAUGACUGUUUCGUCAGGACACCCUGCAGCGGGAGAGUAUAUCUGUAUGGACGGUCACCCUGAAUCAAUUCUGCAUGGGAGCGCAAAUACGAAUGGAAAUGUUCUCUAUUUAGUUGAGGCAGUUUGUGGGACUCUGCCUUGUCUACCGUAUGUUGACGGAAGAGAACUCACUUGUUCUGUUUGCAGCAAAUAAAUCUAUCAGAUUAAAAAGACUUAAAUGUUAAUAGUCUCA